AUGUAUACUACGUAUAUUUCAAUGUUGAAUUCUACAGUUGAAUUGCGAUUAGAUGUUAAGAAAAUUCUAAGAGCAGAAUACCAUCGAUUAGGUAUUUUUUUGGAUUCUCGAUGCGAUCGUAGCCGAUACAGAAGAAUCUUGAUAGAUGCAACAAAAUAUUCUAUGUAUGAUGAAAUGCAUAAAUGGUUAAUCUUGGGUUCAAAUUUAAGUCAUGUAUUAGAAAUACUAAACGAUGAAACAUUUACUGUCUCUACUGAUGUUAUAAUUGCUGUGCCAUCAGCAGAUAAUUAUAUUUUAUACGAUGUAUACAAUCCUUGUAAAGAUCGAGGAGGAUCAAUGAAUGUAACAUAUUUUGGAAUGUGGAAUUUUAAAACAGGAUUAAAUGUUAAUUUAAAUCAAUCGAAAUUCGCAAGAAGAUCAAAUUUGCAUGGAAUGAAACUUAAAGUUGGAAUUGUAGUUAAUUUUAAACCAGAAAAUAUGUCGCUUCACGAUAUGAUGUUACAAUAUAGCAUGAAAUCGAAAUAUGGUCGAUCGAAAUUUUUAUAUAUACUACUGCAGCACAUGUCUGACAUCUUUAAUUUCACUAUGAAAAUUGUACAAAUAAAUGCUCAAAGAAGAUUCGAUAAUUCUGGUCCUAUUUUCGCAGCUUUUAAAAAAAAGCUGAUAGAUUUUUCAGCAAACCCAGUCGCGAUGAAAGUUGAAAGACUACAUAACGGUGAUAUAAUUAGACCAGUCUGGCCAAUAAGAUCGUGUUUCUUGUUUCGUACGAUUUCUUCAACAAAAAUUAAACCAGAUCAAUUUCUGAAACCUUUAUCUGUGAAAGUAUGGUAUGUGAUACUUGCCAUGAUAGGAGUUGUAACGACAAUUUUAAUUAUCUUUUUAAAAUUAGAAAAUAUUCGUACUCCCACAGAGAUUUAUGGUCUCUCUGUUUUGCUCACAAUAGGAGCAUUGUCACAACAAGGCUCUGCAUUUAUUCCAACUCGUUGCGCAAGUCGGAUCGCACUUUUACAAGUUUUAUUUUUUAGUUUGUUAAUUUUUAAUUAUUAUUCUGCAAGUGUGGUAUCAAGUCGUUUGAAAAAUAAGGAGGAGAAGAUGAACGAUUCUUUAAUUAAUUUGGCAAAAAGUAAUUUGAAACUUGCAGUAGAACCUACGCCAUACAUUCAUUCUUUUCUUCAGGUAUCAAAUAAGGAAGUGAAAUAUUUUUAUGACAAUUGUUGGACGAAAAUACCAGAAUCAUAUAAGUACUUACCCCUAGAAGAGGGUCUUAAUCGCGUGGCGGAGGGUCGUUUAGCUUAUCACACGAUGACUGAUUCUGCUUAUCCAUACAUCGAACAUACGUUCAAUUAUCGAAGUAUAUGCGAACUCACGGAAGUUCAUUUAUUCCGUGCUGUUCUCGCAUUUUAUGCAAGGCACCAUAGUCCUUUUACCGAACUUAUGAAAGUAGGUUUAACUAAAAUUCAUAAUGUGGGUAUCCAGAAACGUGAAUUGAUACGAUGGACGGCUAGAAAACCUUUCUGUCCGAAUAACCUACUUAUUGCUGAACCUCUAUCGAUUCAUGAAGCUGCGCCGAUUUUUAUGUUUUUGUGCAUCUCUAUUAUUCUAUCAAUUCUCAUUUGCAUUAUUGAAAAUAUGAUCUUCUGUCUUUUUCCGACACGAUAAAUUCGAAAUUUAUUUUAAAGAAAUCGUUAUAAUAUACUUAUUAUUGAAAUAUAUUAUUAAUAUAAAA